AUGAAACGUUCCAGUGAUGUGAAAAUUGGGCGUCUGCAGGUAAAGAAGAUAAAACAAUUCGGGAAUCAUGCGACCCAGCUCAACAAUAGCCAUAUAAUACUUGGAGGACACCAAGAAACAACAAAUACCGAAGGGAUUUCAUCUCAGGAAGGCGAACCUUCUUCAACUGGGAUGAAACUUAGGGAAAAAAAGAAAAUCGAAUACACUGAAAGCUCAACAGAGACGAAUUCCUCUGGCUCGGAGUAUCAAGAAAAACCUAAGAAGAUCAAAACGAAUAAAGAAAUGAAAAUAAAAAGUUCUAGUUCUCCAGCCGGAAGUUCAAGUAGUAGUAUCCAGCCAGGUAGUCAACGACAAACACCGGAUUUACUGACAGACAGUGAUGAAGUUGAGCGAGUGCAGAUGUCAGAAGAGGAUUUUAAUAAGUUCACAAAGGUAUUCCAAAAACUUGAAAAUAAAAAAAAAUGGGUAUUAACAUCUGGAAAGGUUGUCGAAGAUGAGUUAUACAAGUUUGGAAUGAGAUGCAAUUAUGAACAAAGUUUUGUUGAAGAAAAUAUUUUCUCCCCAUCUGAACUCAAAGAAAUUUAUACAUACAAUCAAAAAUCACUUCCGAAUAUGCCCCAAGAUUUGUUAGAAUAUCUUGGUAGUUACCAACUGGCACCACGGGUUUUUAGGCCAGAACCAUGGCAAUCAGCUUACAACCGACAAAAGGAUUUUGACAGGGACUGGAUAAGGAACACCGUUGACAAUCUUAUUCGUGAAUAUGAAACAGACAGCUUAAAAAAAGGAGAUCAUUUAGAAGGAUGGUUACUGUCACAUGUAUGGUUAUUCAUAGACAAGGCGUUUGAGAACAUAGAAGGUGUUGAAGCAAUUAGGGGAGAAUCUUGUAGCAUCGCAUCAUCAUCUCGAAAAAAUAGAGAUCGAAAAGUUCCAUCUGUGAGCUCGAUGCCAAGGAAGAUCAUGGGCAGGAAGGGAGAUUUGAUAAUUCGUUGCAUGUAUAGGGAAUAUGGAUGCGGAGAAGCGGGAAAAUUACACACAGGCUAUAAUGGUACAAAAAUUCUACGAGAGAGAGGAUUGAAAACUCCAAAGAUGAUGAAGGAUCAAUUCGAUGACUUAUGCAUUCACAUGGGAUCGAAAGAAAAAAAAGUCAGAAAGCUAGAAACUAUCGGAUUCAUUCAUGCAGGACUUUCUGUACUAUUGCUCAGAUUAGAUUCUCCGGCAGGAUAUGUUAGUAGAAUCUCUCGUUCUAAAAUGUUGACCAUCCCAUCAAAUAUCA